GCGAUGUGGCGCCGGUCGAAUCGGUCAAACAGCCGCUGAGAGAACUGCCACGGGCGGUCUUCGUGCGAGGUCUGUACGGGACGCAAGGUGUCGUAGGCGCGCAGAAGCGGCUGCUCGCGAGGCUCCCUGGCUCGUUUUAAAUUUGUUUUUAAUGACUGAGCCAGGCAAGCCGUUUCUUCCCUUCCGCUCCGAGGCUGCGGUGGGUUUGCUGCGCUAACGCGCCUUUCCUCCAAAGUUGCGAACUCCUCUCCUUAAUUCGAAUGGAAAGUGGAACCCUGAAACCAAGGAUCCAGCUAACUGGAUUUAAGAACCAAGAAAAGAAGUCUCUAAUUGAAUUGCUUCUCACACUAGAUUGUAUGUUCUUUGACAGCGAGAAAUAUAGGGACUGCACACACCUAAUAGCGAAGCAACCUUGCAAAAGUGAAAAAUUCUUAGCAGCAUGCGCAGCAGGAAAGUGGGUACUAACCAAGGACUACAUAAUUAAUAGUGUUGAAAGUGGCAGAUGGCUUGAUGAAACAACUUACGAAUGGGGAUAUAAAAUUGAAAAAGACUCCCAUUAUUCACCUCAAAUGCAAUCUGCACCUAAAAGAUGGCGCAAAGAGCUGACACGCUCUGGUGCUGCAGGGGCCUUCCACAGAUGGAAAGUUGUCCUCAUUGUGAAAGGUGAUAAAGAAAGGGAUUCCUUCACAAGGGUUCUAGAGGCAGGAAAAGCCACAAUCUAUACAACACUAAGUGCAUCAGAGAAUAUUACUCAUGUAUUAACUAAUGAUACGACAUUAAAACAACAGAGAAAGGUCUCUGGAGUUCCAUGCUAUCCAGUUUGCUAUCUAGGGGGUUAUCUCUUAGAGAGUGAAAUAACAAGUUAUGCAGAAAAGUGGCCAGUGAACUAUCUUAAAGCUGAACAAGAAGCAAAAGUGACUAUGACUGGCAUACAGAUUGAUGAAAUGAGAAACGCACUGAUUAAGCAUAUAUAUUUGCAAAAGGCUAUGCUAAGCAAGUAUACUCAUGUAGAUCAAAUGAAUGAGUGCAGAAAAGAGGAAAAAAAUGUUUGUUCUAGAGGAAUCGACAAUGUACUCGAAGAAUUAGUAGACAACCAUUUGUUUCCAAUAGCAAUCACAGAAUUUCUCUGCGGGAAAGAUCUCAUUCCUCCUGUAAAAUUUCUUCACUCUCUUCUAGAACACAUAUUGCAGGGAAAUGCAGAUCCUACCCUGUCUGUCCAGUUUUUUCACUUCAUGUACACUCUGCUUCAACAUGAUCCUCCUUGGAAAUCACCCCCCAUGUUAAAAUACUAUCUGGAAGUUCUCCAGUGUCCUGCUUGCAUGAUGGGAACAUGGUCUCUGGUGGAGAUGCUUGUGAGGUCUUGCCUGUACUACAGUAACAUUUGUCAUUCAGUAUGUGAUUCAGGAGCCAUAAAGGAAGACAGGAUGUUUCACAAAAAAUUGCUAACGUUUAUCCUGAACCUGUUUCAAGCAGAAGUGCUGGCAUUAACAAAAAGUUUGUAUGACGAAGCCAUUCCAUUAUCCUUGCAAGUAAUGCCACCAACAGUUCUUCUGAAAACAUUUUGGUUGGGCAGUGACUCGGUGCUUUCCACCAAACAAAUACAAAGCCUAGUACACUGGGUCAUAAAUUCGUAUAGAAGAAAAUACAAGACAAAUGAUAUCUUCGAGCAUGAAGUAGCUGAACUAUUGAAUGGAAUUUUGGGAGCUGUGGUGGAAUAUUGGAUUAUUUCAGGAUUCAUAAUGGACAGAAAUGUGCUACAUUCAGUAGCUGAUGACCUUGCAACUUGUAUUACCAUUUCAUGUGAUGAUUUUUCAACAGAGGAAUUAAAAAUGUUUGUUUCUUCCAUUCCGUCUCUGUGGCUUGAAAUGUUUGUUGCGGAAGCAGUCUUUAAAAAGAUAUCUUUCCAGAGCAACACUAUUACUUCUCCUGAACUGAUCUCUCUCAAAAAAAUAGUUUGUUCCUAUCUACCUGCUUUAGAAGUAGAGAUGCAUGAGGCAGGGAGGAUUCAGAGAGCAAAGAAAAAGAAAAUAGGACAAUGGCCUUGCCCUGAGUCUCAAAGGGCAUUAUUGAUGCUAAAUGGUGAUAAGCAGAACCAAGCUGGAGCACUGCCUGAUGUACCCGUGCAAACCACUAUUAAUUGUCUUCAUGUUCCAAAGAAAGUGAGAAACCAAGCUAAAGUUGAGAUGUCACACAGCAAAGAGAAUUGUCAUUCUUCUGCUAAACAGAUAAAUGUUUUAAAAGUUAAUGUGAAAGGAGAGACAGCCCUGCAUAUUGCUUGCAGAAGGAACAAUGUGAAGAGAUUGAUUCAUCUUCUCUCUCUACCAGAAAUAGAUAUUAACAUUAAAGACUAUGCUGGCUGGACGCCUUUGCAUGAAGCUUGUAACCAUGGUAGCACAGUGUGUGUCCGUGAAAUUUUGCAACAUUGUCCAGAGGUAGACCUGCUCAGUGAAGUGAAUGGGGUGACUCCCUUGCAUGAUGCACUGUUAAACGGGCAUGUAGAAAUUGCCAAGCUACUACUUCAAAAUGGGGGGCCAGUAUUGCUGCAGCAGAUGGAUUCUGAAGGAAAGUUCCCGUUGGAUUACCUAGAGUGUGUGACGACAAAGCAAGAUCUUUUGCAUAGCAUUAGACCAGAAGAGAGAGUAGAGGACUUUCAUGCACAAGUAAAAAACAAUAUGUGUGAUCAACAGGUGGAAUUUGGGGCCAUGUUAUUUUGUAAAAUGUUGCUGAACUUUUGCUCUGUAUAUAACUUAUUUAUACCUUUUUCUUUGACUUCUAAAAAGUUGACCACAAAUCCAUUGCUAGAGACAACCAGUUGUUUCAAGCUUAAUACUAGCUUUUAUGCCCACUGGUUUAUAGACCUUUAUUUUAGAGAACUAGAAACCUUUCAGAAUCUCCCAGUGUAUCUUCAGAAAACCAUUGAGGAACUUAAAAAAUGUCCAGGGGAACAGAAAGAAGCCUUUUCAGCAACACUACAACAAAUUGCAGUGACAAUUCAGCUGUCUAAUCUUGAUUUGACAAGUAAGCUUCCACGUUAGCCACACUUCCCUAGGAUGUUGUUUGGCGUCAACUAAUAUUUAUAGAGGGUAUCUUAAAAUUCUGAGCUCCAGUGGUUGUUGUAUAGCAACUCAUUGUAGCUUCUUCCUAUAGCUUGCUUGUGGGCUUGCUUCAUUUAUCUACCUGCAGUUUUCUUUAUAGGGUCAGUUUCAGACUGUGUUUUUCGUUUAUUGCAAUGUGAAUAUCUGGAUGAAAUAAAUUAA